AUGGGGCUGGUGGGCCUCGUCCCCCCGGUGAUAGAACAAGAGAGACAAAUCAGGAUGCAGCAGAAAGCAGAAACGCAACAUAAAACACUGCAAAGGAGACGCAUAAAGGCAAAGAAACACCAAGACACACAGCAGCAGCAGCAGCAGCAGCAGCAGCAGCAGCAGCAGCAGCAGCAGAAGGGUCAGGGUAGCAGCAGUCCCCCCCCAGAUGCAUGCGCUAGCAGGGGAGAAGUGCUGCUGAGGCCCUGCCGCAUAGAGAUGAUCCCUCUUGCUGAUCUGCUGCUGCAGCAGUCAGUGCAGCGGCUGCUGUCGAGCGUGCAGGAGGUGGCGCAGCAGACGCAGCGGGAGUUGCUGCUGCAGGAGUCACGAAGGGGGGGGCCCCCCUCUUCUAGGGGGCCCCCACCAGGCAGACAAAGAACCACCAGCAGCAGCAGCAUCAGCAGCAGCAGCAGCAGCAGCAGCAGCAGCAGCAACAGCAGCAAUGCUUCUUCUGAUGAAGCAGAUGGCUUCGGUGGUGUUGUUGCUUCUGAGGGAGGAGACGAUCCCGAUCCCAGCAGGUGGAGGGGCAGCCGCAGAGCCAUGGUGCCCCCACUAGGCCUUGCAGAGAGACCAACAGAAGCAGCAGCAGCAGCAGCAGCAGCAGCAGCAGCAGCAGCAGCAGAAGCACCAGCAGCAGCACCGCUGCAGCCGCCUGUUGUUUCGUUUCAGCUUGAUGAUGAGGGGGUACAGACCGACGUAGAAGGCUGA